CCAAGUCCCAGCCGGCGUUAGCGCCCAGAGGGAUGUGGAGCCACAGAGGCAGUGGACCCUGUGACUGACACAGCCCCUCCGGCCCGCAGCUGAAUGGAAAGACUGCAGAAGCAACCGCUGACCUCCCCUGGGAGCGUCUGUUCCUCCCGCGGGUCCAGCGUCCCCGGAUCGCCCUCCAGCAUCGUGGCCAAAAUGGACAACGAGGUUCUGGGCUACAAGGACCUGGCCGCCAUCCCCAAGGACAAAGCGAUCCUGGACAUCGAGCGCCCCGACUUGAUGAUCUACGAACCCCAUUUCACCUACUCGCUCAUGGAGCACGUGGAGCUGCCUCGGAGCCGAGAGCGCUCCCUGUCUCCCAAAUCCAUCUCUCCUCCUCCAUCUCCGGAGGUCAUCCGGGAGUGGCUGGAGAGCCGGACCCCCGGCAGCGCCCCGCAGCCCACCUCUCGCCAGAGCGGCAGCUCGGCCCGCAGCAGCGUGCAGCACUUCCACCGACCCGAGACUGACACGACGGAUCUCAACAUAUACAAGAAGCCUCCGAUCUACAGGCAGAAAGAGCACCAUCCCGGCACCCACCACGGGAAGCAUCUCAUAGAGGACUUGAUCAUCGAAUCCUCCAAGUUCCCGGCGGCACAGCCCCCAGACCCCAACCAGCCCGCCAAGAUCGAGACUGACUACUGGCCGUGCCCCCCGUCCCUGGCCGUCGUGGAGACGGAGUGGAGGAGGCGGAUGGCCUCCAAGAGAGGGGAGGAGGAGGAGGAGGACCUGACGGAGGAGAUGAAGAACCUGCGGGAGCUCCAGAGGCAGGAGCUGAGCAAGGUCACCUCCAACCUGGGGAAGCUGAUCCUGAAGGAGGAGAUGGAGAAAUCUCUCCCUAUCCGGAGAAAAACCCGCUCGCUGCCGGACAGGACACCCUUCCACACGUCUCUGCACAUGGGGAGCUACAAGAGCUCCUCGCUGCCCGCCUCCGGCAGAAGCACCCUCACCCGGCUGCAGUCGGCAGAGUUCAGCUCGGCAGGCAGCGAGAAGGGCAGUCCGGGCCUGCAGAUCUACCCCUACGAAAUGCUGAUGGUGACGAACCGAGGCCGCGUCAAGCUGCCGCCCGGCGUGGACAGAACCAGGCUGGAGCGGCACCUCUCCCCCGAGGAUUUCCUGCGGGUCUUCGAGAUGCCCCCCGAGGAGUUCAGCAAGCUGGCCCUCUGGAAGCGCAAUGAGCUGAAGAAGAAAGCCUUCCUCUUCUGAGCCCA